GGGCGGGUGGAGGAGGAAGCGGCCGAGCCCCGAGUCCUGCUCUGGCGCGCCGAGCACUGCCCGCCUCAGCCGACUAGCCCCGUCGGCUCCGGGGCUCGCCGAGCCGGGCGGAGGGAAGAGGCCGCGGCGGCCGCGAGGCGGCGGGUGCGGCGGCGGGGGCGCGGGCGGAGGCGGCGCGGCCGCCGCUGCCGCUUUGUUGUGCGGCCCGGGCCGGGGAAGGAGAAGUGGGAGGAGGGGGGAGCUAGGCGUCCCGCUCCCUCCGCGGCUCAUGGCGACGACGCUCGGCACAUCCGGGACCCUCCGGCCGAGGCGGCCGCGGCGCCGGCUGCUCGGGCCCCAGCCCCGGCCGCUGUGGUGACUCCGCCGCGCCUCGCCGUCGCCCCCGCCCCGCCCGCCGGCCCGGAGCGCCGCCGCCGCCGCCGCCCCCGCCGCCGGGGACAUGUCUAACCCCGGAGGCCGGAGGAACGGGCCCGUCAAGCUGCGCCUGACAGUACUCUGUGCAAAAAACUUGGUGAAAAAGGAUUUUUUCCGCCUUCCUGAUCCAUUUGCUAAAGUGGUGGUUGAUGGAUCUGGGCAAUGCCAUUCUACAGAUACUGUGAAGAAUACACUCGAUCCAAAGUGGAAUCAGCAUUAUGACCUGUAUAUUGGAAAGUCUGAUUCGGUUACAAUCAGUGUAUGGAAUCACAAGAAGAUCCAUAAAAAACAAGGUGCUGGAUUUCUUGGUUGUGUUCGUCUUCUUUCCAAUGCUAUCAACCGCCUCAAAGACACUGGUUAUCAGAGAUUGGAUCUAUGCAAACUUGGGCCAAAUGACAAUGAUACAGUUAGAGGACAGAUAGUAGUAAGCCUUCAGUCCAGAGACCGAAUAGGCACAGGAGGACAAGUUGUGGACUGCAGUCGUUUGUUUGAUAAUGAUUUACCAGACGGCUGGGAAGAAAGGCGAACUGCUUCUGGAAGAAUCCAAUAUCUUAACCACAUAACAAGAACAACACAAUGGGAACGCCCAACUCGACCGGCAUCUGAAUAUUCUAGUCCUGGCAGACCUCUUAGCUGCUUUGUUGAUGAGAAUACUCCAAUUAGUGGAACAAAUGGUGCAACGUGUGGACAGUCUUCAGAUCCCAGACUGGCGGAGAGGAGAGUCAGAUCUCAGCGACAUAGAAAUUACAUGAGCAGGACACAUUUACACACUCCUCCAGACCUGCCUGAAGGCUAUGAACAGAGGACAACACAACAAGGUCAGGUAUAUUUCUUACAUACUCAAACCGGUGUGAGCACAUGGCAUGAUCCAAGAGUACCUAGGGAUCUUAGCAACAUCAAUUGUGAAGAGCUUGGUCCUUUGCCUCCUGGAUGGGAGAUCCGUAAUACUGCAACAGGCAGAGUUUAUUUCGUUGACCAUAACAACAGAACAACACAAUUUACAGAUCCUCGACUCUCUGCUAACUUGCAUUUAGUUUUAAAUCGGCAGAACCAGUUGAAAGACCAACAGCAACAGCAAGUGGUGUCAUUAUGCCCUGAUGACACAGAGUGUCUGACAGUGCCAAGGUACAAGCGAGAUCUGGUUCAGAAACUGAAAGUCUUGAGGCAAGAACUUUCUCAACAACAGCCUCAGGCUGGCCACUGCCGCAUUGAGGUUUCCAGGGAAGAGAUUUUUGAGGAGUCAUAUCGACAGGUCAUGAAAAUGAGACCAAAAGAUCUCUGGAAGCGAUUAAUGAUAAAAUUUCGUGGAGAAGAAGGCCUUGAUUAUGGAGGGGUUGCCAGGGAAUGGUUGUAUCUCCUGUCACAUGAAAUGUUGAAUCCAUACUAUGGCCUCUUCCAGUACUCAAGAGAUGACAUCUAUACUUUGCAGAUCAACCCUGAUUCUGCAGUUAAUCCGGAACAUUUAUCAUAUUUCCACUUCGUUGGACGAAUAAUGGGAAUGGCUGUGUUUCAUGGACAUUAUAUUGAUGGUGGUUUUACAUUGCCUUUUUAUAAACAGUUGCUUGGGAAGUCAAUUACUUUGGAUGACAUGGAGUUAGUUGAUCCAGAUCUUCAUAACAGUUUGGUGUGGAUACUUGAAAAUGAUAUUACAGGUGUUUUGGAUCAUACCUUCUGUGUUGAACAUAAUGCAUAUGGUGAAAUUAUUCAGCAUGAACUCAAACCAAAUGGCAAAAGUAUCCCUGUUACUGAAGAAAAUAAAAAAGAAUAUGUCAGGCUCUAUGUGAAUUGGAGAUUUUUACGAGGCAUCGAGGCUCAGUUCCUGGCUCUGCAGAAAGGGUUUAAUGAAGUGAUUCCCCAGCACCUACUGAAGACAUUUGAUGAGAAAGAGUUAGAGCUCAUUAUUUGUGGACUUGGAAAGAUAGAUGUCAAUGACUGGAAGGUAAACACCCGGUUAAAACACUGUACACCAGACAGCAAUGUCGUCAAGUGGUUCUGGAAAGCUGUGGAGUUUUUUGAUGAAGAGCGACGAGCACGGUUGCUUCAGUUUGUGACAGGAUCAUCUAGAGUGCCUCUGCAGGGCUUCAAAGCACUACAAGAGACUUUUCUGCGGGGUUCUCUGUGAUUGUAGUGAGUGCCGCAUGCUAGACUGGACUGUUUGUGGACUGCCUUUUGUUUUCUGGUCGUUGCUUUUACUUCUGUUGCACAUUCCUAUAGUAGAAGUUGUUCACUUCCGUGUUCACGUUUCAAUCUGGCAGAACAUUUACCUACCUGGGAUGACUUCCCCCUCUACUCUUUCCUUUAAUAGAAAGAGGCAGCAUGAGUCAUGGAAGCCAUCUGUUUGGUCAGAGCACAUCAAUUAUUGCAUGGCUUCAGACCAUUGAUGUAUAACCAUAUUCCAUUUUUUAAGGAUUGUUUUCUGUGGAAUGAGUUGUUUAAUUUUGGAUGAGUUGAUAAUAUUGCUAAUGAUCGUGGUACUUCAUGUGCUUUCUUUACCCCUUAAGCUCUUCAUUUUAAAGCUGCUGAGUGAUGAGGGAGGAUACACAAAGACUGGUACAUAAUAUCAGUGCCACCACAGUGCAUACCUUGUAAUUCCAUAGGCAAAGCUGCCUUUGAGUUGUGUUUACCUUCCUGGUUUGGAGAGCUCAAAAUUGUAUUUGUCCUCCAGAUAUUUGUAUGGGGCAUCUGUGGUAAAAUGGUAUAUGAUAGACUACUAAUCUGCUUAGCCCAUUUUGAGUCUUGAAAUUUGAAUUUGCAUUAGGUUAUCAUUUUUUAAAAUGUUUGCAUAUGUAUUUUAUCUUGGAUUUGCCCAUUCUUUGGAUUAUUGAUCUUAAAAGAAGUUGACAAAAGGAUUUCAAUUCUCAACUCUUUCCAAAAAUGAAAUGCUAGCAUAUUAAGGCAUCCAGCCUUAUCCAAACCAACUUUAAAAAAACCCAGAUUCUUUUCCUGCUACCCUGAGGUAGCAUGUGUGGAUUUACAGCAUUCUCCUGUCCCUAGAUCCUGUGGCUUAUGUACCAGUUUUAAUCUAAGAUUUUAGAGAUGGAGACAUGCACCUGUGGUGAUUUGACCCAUUUUUUUCU